AUGAUACAAUCUGUAUUUAGCAUCCCUGCUCUUGACCAGCCGGUUACGUGUAAACUAUGCGGCAUGUCCUAUCGAAGAUCUUCCGAAUCAGAUCAGGCUCUGCAUAAGAAGUAUCACUUCACAUUCAUUCAUGGCCCAUCAUUCGAUGUGACAUGCCACGCGCCGCUUGAAACAUCAAGGCUACUAUUUGAUAAGAAAUCUGUCGAGUGCAAGAUAUAUGUAGUACAGAGAGACCUACCGAAAAUGAUACGGAAAGCAGAAAGCGUACUUCAGAUGGUGAAUCGAGAAUUGAAUGCCCCACCAGAAAAUCCUGCCUGGAAAUCAAGAAGGACAUGCGCUUUUGAAGGCAAAGCAUUCAUGGUUGUUAUAGAGAAACGAGUAGUUGGUCUUUGUGCUACCGAACCGAUUACUAAUAUCGAAAGUCAGACACGUUGGAUGGUGCAUAGAACGCAGGAGAUUGUUCCACAGCAGAUUAAUCAAAACUCUAAAUUGGGCAUCUCAAGAAUAUGGGUCGCUCCUCAUUGGCGGAGAAGAGGACUCGGUGUCAUGAUGCUUAAUGCUGUCAUGAAAUACCUGGAAUACGGGAUAACUUUAAAGAAGAAAGACCUAGCUUUCAGCCAACCAAGCUAUUCAGGUGGAUUGCUCGCAAAGACAUUCUGUGGGGUCAAGCAUAAAAGUGGCGAGAUUCUCGUUCCCAUAUACUUGGAGGAUGCCUAG